CUAGGGUCUUGAAGAAGGAUUGGCCAGCCACUACUUUUUUUUUUUCUCUUUUCUUUUUCUUUCCUUUUUCCUUGAAGAAAAGCUAAUAGAGUGUUUCUUGUCCCUUUUAUCACUCUCAAGGACUUAUAUAUUAUUCAAAUACUCCCUCAACCGAUAUGGCUGAUCUCGGGUUUGACUUUUCAGAUGACCAGGACGACUAUCAAACGUAUGAAGAUGGGAAUUUAUCUACUUUAACGGAGAAAACCGAUAUUUCCACCGAACAACAGUAUCAUCUAUCCAACGUAACUGACGACUUGAAUAAUGCAGCAGCAUCUUCAGAUAAUCAGACAAAUGACAAGGACGAUUCUGAUGCUACCGAUAUAAAAACUUUUAUGGAACAUCAAGAAAGCUCUUCUGGGACGGAUGAACAACUGGACAAUGAUAGUUUUACUAAAGAACCCGACUCACUCAUUCCAUCCAAUAGACUCUUGGAAGCUCCUAAUGAAGGUUUUAGCUCAGAAUCCUUAUUACAGGCUAUUUUGACAGAAGAAGCAAAUGAAAGUGAUUUAGAUGACAACAUUCUUAUUGAUUUGGAUGAAACUUUAACUUCAGCAGAACGUGUUUACAAGUUUAAUAAGAGCAACGUUAUGUUCUAUAGACACUUGGUAGCCAAGGAAUUGCCAAAUGCACUAUAUGAAGUAGAUACCAACGAAGCAAUAAGUGAAAUGUUACCAGUGAUCCUUAAAAUUGCUUAUGAUGAAGAUGAAGCUGUACGAGAAACCUUUGUUAGUGAAUUGGACAAAAUUAUCAUGUACUUUUAUCAGAAUGCACCUCCAUUGAUGGAAACAAUUCAAGCAACCAAAUCAACUCUUUCAACACAACAUCAACAAACGUUACAUAGUGAACAGGAGGACAAUGAUAGAACGUUAAUGACUACUGAACAAAGUGAGUCAACAAAGGAAGAGAAACAACAGAACGACAAUGGCCAACAUGGGACUGAUCACGUGGAAAUAACAUCAUCACAACAGCAACUUUAUUCUCCAACAAUGAACAAUACAGUCGACAAACAAAUCAUAAACAAUAACAGUGUACAAGAAAUGGAAGAAAAAACACCAUUUGUGGAACAACAACGUCAAAAUGCAUCUAACACAAAUCAAAUUCCUUCUAGUGAACAACAAUCAACAUAUCAACAACCUCAUAUUCCGGCAAAGAAAUUUAGCUCUAUGUUGAUUGCUCUGUUAUUGGAUCAAAAUUCAAAUUUGGCAUCUCUUGGACAGCAAUGUAUUGUUUCUGUGGCUGCAGAACUGGCGUCAACACCACCAGAUUCGGAAAGAGCUGCUCUUGAUCGCUACUUAUUGGAUACCGAAAUAUUUGAUGGAGUUGUCAUGGGUCUGAUGGAUAUUGUGGAAGGCAAAAUCAAUAAUGAAGAAAAUGACGAACAAGGGGAACAAGGAACAAAGAAUACAGAUAAUGAGGAAGAAGGUUUAUCAGCCAACUUAUCUGCAGCAUCAUUAGACAAAGAUUCUUUUUCUUCUUCAUCUACAACCACUGGUGUUAUUCGUCGGCCAUCUGCUACCCCUGGAUUUGAAUCAAGUUCUAUGACUCAACCUUCUGAUGAUUCUCGUCAAGGUGAAAUGAAUUUAGCGAAAAUGAUGUGUCUUUCGUUGAUCUCUGCUUUGACGGUUGUCUUGGGUCCAGAAUGGGCUACCGAAUUCUGUUUACCUAUUGUGGAACGAUUAUCCCCAGACCCGAUGUUUUAUGUCCGUAGGGAAGCCGCUGGUGCCAUUGGUAGUCUUGCCACUGUUGUUAACGCUGAUGUUGCCAUGAAUCGAUUGCUUCCAUUAUAUAUGAACUUUUCUCGUGAUACUAUUUGGCACGUUCGACGAUCAUGUGUAUUGGCUUUACCAUUUUUAUGCAGUGUCCUACCUGAAGAAACUAAGACUCAGGUCGCUAUAGAAGGUGUCGAACUCUUCAAGACUGAUGUCUCAAGGAAUGUUAGAAAUACAUUGGCCGAAGUGAUAGGAGAAUUGAUUGCGAAAUUUUUACCUGAAGAUUGGGAAACAUCUGGCAAACCUGGAAAAGUACCAGACCAAUUAUUGAAUUUCUUCUUAUCACUUGGUGCAAAUGGAAAUCCGAAUCAAAUGUUCAAGUUGGAAACAGAUCGUGCUCUUAUAUGUGCUUAUAACUUCCCUGCCGUAGUAUUAACUGCUGGUGCUGAUUAUUGGGACUCUCAUUUGAAGGACACUUACCUCAGUUUAACCAAGGAUUAUCAAAUCAAAGUGCGACGAACUUUUGCCUAUUCUCUUCAUGAAAUUGCUCGUAUUAUUGGACCUGAACGUACUGAAAGAGAUUUGGUUCAAAUCUUUGCUCUCUACUUGAUGGAUUUGGAUGAUGUAAAGCAAGGUGUAUUGGAACAUUUGGCUGAAUUCUUGGGAACGCUGGCCGUUAGCUCACGCAACGAAUAUAUUCCAAUCUUAACCGAAGUAUGGGACGGGGUGAUGACCAACUGGCGAUUAAGAGAUAUCUUGGCUGCUCAAUUACGUGAAAUCGCUUUAUUGUUUGACGCUGCUCGUGUGGUGGAACAUGUUCUUCCUUUGGCUAUUCGUGCAUGCAAUGAUGAAUUUGCUGCUGUGCGUGAAACUGGUGUUGAAGCUUUUCCUGUCAUUUUGGAAAUUGUUAAACGCGCUGUAGAUGAAGAAGGUGAAAAUCUAUCUCAUGAUGAUGUUGAAGAAGAAAAUGAAGAUACCAAGGAAAGCAAGCGAAACUUUGCUCUUGCUCUAUUGAAUCAUGUUAUGGAACGUUUAGACGAAUUCGUAAGAUCUGAUAUGUACCGUGGUCGACUAGUGUUUACUCAAAUCUGUCGCUCUUUGUUGGAUGCUGGGAUUUCUGCUGGUGACUUUGCCUCUUUCUUUUUAUCUCGACUUGCACCUUUAGCUGUUGAUAAUAUUAUCAACGUCCGCAUUGGUACAGCCCGUACUAUUCGUCAACUCUAUCUCAAUGAUGCUUAUCGACAAGAGCUUACCACUGUGGCUUCAGUUGAUGGUAUGGAAAAUGACGAUGAUGAAGUACCAAUUCAAUCAAGCAAACUAUUAGAACAAAUGGUAUAUCGACUUGCUUUGGAUACAGAUCCAGAUGUGCGUAUGUUUGUUUUAGAUUUGGUGGAUCCCGAAGUACUGCAAGAAAAGGAAAAGGUACUAUUAACAGCGGCAGCAUCAUCUAAACAACACGAAGACGAAGAGGAUCAACAAUUUGACGGUGCUACUGACGACAGCGGUAUGGUUGGGACACCUAUGCAAGAUAUUGAACGCUCAUCUACUCCAACAAGUAGUACUCUGAUUGGCACAAACGCGAAUGAAUCAUCCUCGACAGGUCAUCAUAUUAUGCGGAGGAUUCUAUCCAACGAGGAAGAAAAUGAUGAAUCAAAUGUUGAAUACCACCAUAUAGACAACUCCAAAGUUAUUUCGACACAACCGGAUGAAGUGCAACAACGGCAAGAAACAGUUGAAUCCGUGGAUGAACAUACUAGUGACGAAGAAGGCAAACAUACUACCAAUAUGAACGGUGCAGUCAAUGCAAGUCUAGAUAAUGAUCAGCAUUCUAUUCACAACAACACGGACGAUACUGGAAGUGAUGAUCUUGAUGAUGAACAUACCUCGGGUACACCUAUGGAUUGCACUGAGGAUGGUGGUCAAGAAAACAGCAACAAGAAGGAUAACCAUGACGAAGAUGGUGAUGAAAUGAUGAUGGAGGCUGAACGUGAUGACUGUGAAGAAGAACCUGCCAUGAUUGAUGACGAUGAUGAUGAACAUGAACCGACAUUUACUGACGAAAAGGAAAAAGGUGAAUAUGUUUAUUUGUCCAAAUCUCCUCAUGGUUCCAUACUAGCAAGUUCCCCUACAUUGAAUGCUGGCAAGGAUACGACUUAGAUCUUCUCUCUUCCUUCUUUUUUUUUUUUUUCUUUUUUCUUUUUUUAUUUUGUUUACUCUUAUAGUUAAUUAUUUUUUAUUAUAUUAUUUUAUUUCUUUUU